GCACUGAAGUCGAGAAUGGCCGCUGCAGAUUUUGCUAAAGUGGAAGCCGGAGAGCAAAGAGAGGGAAAGAAUUGGACGCAGCGGAAAUCCGGUGGCCGGAGAAGGCGAGCUUCGGCGGAGAGCCCCGACUCUGUUAUUGCCUACUCGUGUGAUCACAGAGCCACCAAUGGCAGCGGUAACAGUUCCACCGCCGCUUAUUUAAGCAGCGGCAGCAACUUCUCCUCAACGUCCCGAAGCGUUGCUGGGCGCUGCUCCUUUGGAUCGGAGCACGAAUCGCAAUUCCCACAACUCUGCAUUAAUUUGGCAGUACGCGAGCGCUACUCCAGUGGCACUGACCCAGAUCCAGAUCCGGAGAAAAAUGGCGCCAUCCUUUCCUCGCCCCACAGUAUUGUUGCAGGCCCGGUGGAGGAAUUAGAGCGAGCUUUAAAGAAGGAAGAUGGUGAAGGGGAGGGGUACGGAGCCCUAAACACAACAGAGCAUUCCUUCUUGCACGCCUUAAGAGAAUGUCAGAUUCGGCGUCAUAAAUCUGAAGCCAUCCCCAUUCAGGGAAGGAAGACUCGAAGGCAAAGGCCUGCUUCUCUUGACCUUCACACCCCUAGCACUGAUGUGGCUGUCUUGUCCCCUCGGUUUUUGGCCAGUGGCAUGGGAUCCAUGAAGAAGAGCUCUGCCACCUCCUCUCACAGUAGAUCAGAAGCAUUCCCAAGCCCUGGAACGCCUAAUUACCGGCACGGAACAGGAACAAUUGGGUACCAGAAGGGUUGGAGCUCAGAAAGAGUGCCUCUGCCUGCUAAUAGCAGCAGGAGGUACAUGGGUGCCGGAUCUUAUCUUCCAUUUAACAAUGGCCGUGUUUUGCCUUCAAAAUGGGAAGAUGCAGAGAAGUGGAUCUUUAGCCCUGUUUCCACUGAUGGAGUUUUCCGAUCGUCUCUCCCUUCCUCUCAUCAUAGACGUCCCAAGUCCAAAAGUGGUCCCCUUGGACCUCCUGGAUACUCACCAGCUUCACCAAUUGCUCCGUGCUUCGAUAGUGGAAGGGUUGGAACCUUUACUGGUAGCUCACCUUUUUCGGCCGGAGUUCUGAUUGCAGAUCGUGGAUUUUCUGACAACAGAAGAGGUGGCGUUGGCAGUGGAGAAAGUGCGAGGUCAUCUUCAGCAAAUGCUGAACCUUACAUUUUGAGAUCUGCAAGCAUUCAUGGGUGCUCUGAAAAUUUACUCGAAUCAGCUUCAUCCUUACCAAACCCUCAGAAUGAAAAGUUUGAAUGCAUCAAGGAGGGUACCAACUCUGCUAUGUUAGUUUUGACGAAGGAUGUAGCAACACAGAUGAGUCCCGAGGGGAGCUCUCAAUCUUCUCCCAAGCAUGAGCCUUCGUACUUGCCCUCUCCUAUAUUGGUGAAUACCAUAGAAGAGCUGGAGAGCCAUUUCCCAAAGCUGGAGGUCAGGGAUGUUCAGGUUGAUGAUCAAGUAACAGUGACAAGGUGGACCAAGAAACAAAUUGCCAGAGGUUCUGAUAAGCGUUCAACAAAUAUUAUAGAAUGGAAAAGAAAAACUGUUGAGGCUAAGACUUCUGGUUGGAAAAUGUCAGAAACAGCAAAAUGUUUAUCAAAGGUCAAAAGGGAGGAAGCCAAAAUUAUUGCAUGGGAGAAUUUACAAAAAGCAAAAGCUGAGGCUGAAAUAAGGAAAUUAGAGAUGAAACUAGAAAAGCGAAGAUCUUCUUCCAUGGACAAGAUACUUAAGAAGCUUAAGUCAGCCCAGAAGAAAGCAGAGGAGAUGCGAAGUGCUGCGACUGCUAGCCAAAUCCAACAGGUUACAAAGACAUCCAAGAGGGUCUCAUACUUCCGCAGAACUGGACAAAUCAGUUCUUUAAGCGAAUGCUUCAUAUGCCAUGCUUUCUAGAGGCUCAUUUUGAAAGAAGGCAGAAGAUACCAGGCCUCCAUGUAACCUGCAUGGGUUCCAGAUGAAACUGAUCGAGCGACACUUCUGCAAGGAAGAUAAAGCUGAUAGGUGCUUUACUGGAAGAAACAAAUGAACAGCUCCAUAUUCAAAUAGAGGGCAGUGCUGCAAGGCUAUGGUUUGUUCAAUAUUUAUUUUGGGCUCAUAUUUCAUUUGAUUUUUAUCUCAUGCAUUCAAUCCAGAGCAGAUGAUUUCAUUCCUGGGAGAACUGUUUAGCUGAUAGUUUAUUUUAUUUUGUGUGUCUGCUUGUUCUUCUUGACAGUAACUUACCUGUAAACUGCUUCAGU